GGGGGAUGCUAGUAUCAGUGGCACUGUGGCACUGUGAGGGUGACAAGAAGUCCUGAAACAGUGACUAACGAAUAUAGGGUGUUUUAAAAGGGAGGUUAGGUGUGGCACCAAGAUGGCUCACGGAUAAGGCAGCAUGGCCCUCCUUCUCUACGCCAGCCUGGCACUGUGGGCGGUGCCAGUCCAGGCUCACAGCCAAUACCGCGACUUCCACCAAGACCCGACUUUCUAUGUCAACCGGAAUAACUUCUCAACUUCUCGAUUUUAUUCGAGCCAACAGCAUGCAGGCGUCGAGGCUCUAUCGCGCCACCUGGCACUCGAGAUCGACGCUGAGGAGGGCCACGCGAGGGAGCUAGCGGCGAAGUAUGGGUUACAUUACGUCUCGAAGGUGUUCGAAAACCCAUCAGUGUACCAUUUCCACAGGCCUUCGGGGAGACAGAAACGGUCUCUAAAUAACUCGGCUCUGCUAAGUGCACUCGCAAAGGAACCUGGGGUACGGUGGGUAGACCAACAGAAAUCGCUCGUAAGGGUGAAGAGACCCGCACUCUACGACCUCACUUCACGUACCCAGACACACACUCUAAAAAGCCUCGCGAAAGUGCUCGGGAGACGCAGAGAGGCGAGAGCACGAGAGGAAUCCAGUCUUCUGUCUAAGGAGAGAGAUUUUUGGAUUCAAGAAGAUGAGGAUAGUGUGGAUAGAUCGAGUACGAGGGCGGGGAUAGCCGUGCGACUGCCGGGGAGUUAUGCGAGACCGUAUCGAGGUGGAUAUGGUGGGGGUCUGAGGUCCUAUGGGAAGCGUGGAUAUCAGGGGGAUUUUGGAUAUAGGGAUUUGGAUUCGCAGCCUCUCUCUGCAGCGGAAAGUGAGGAGGACGCUGUGCGAAUCCAAAGCAUGAGUGGAUUGGAGGAUCUGGCCGGCACAGGACUGGAUUUCAACGACCCUUACUUCAAGGAUCAGUGGUAUUUGCACAACACGGGCCAGCUGGGUCGUCCCGGCUACGACCUGAACGUGAUCGGGGCGUGGCGUCGCGGAUACACAGGUCGUGGGGUCGUUCUUUCCGUUCUCGACGACGGGAUUCAGGCCAAGAACGCAGACAUCGCUGAGAACUACGCCAAGGACAUCAGUUACUCGGUGAUUCGCGACGGGCGGGACCUGCGCGACGCCAACCCGCGCCUCGACCCCGCCUUCUCCAACUCGCACGGCACCUACUGCGCCGCCGCCAUCGCCGCCGUCUCCAACAACGAGGUGUGCGGCGUCGGGGUGGCCUACGACGCCAAAGUGGGAGGAGUCCGGUUGGUCGACGGCUCAGUCACGGACAUCCAGGAGGCGACGGCGCUCUCUCGCAACGUGGAGGCCGUGGGAGUCUUCAGCGCCUCCUGGGGGCCUACUGACGACGGCACCAAGGCCGAGGGCCCGGGGCGGCUCGGCAAGCAGGCCUUCCGACGCGGGGUGCUGGAGGGUCGAGACGGCAAGGGCGUGAUCUACGUGUGGGCGUCUGGAAACGGAGGACUAGAGGAUGAUAACUGUAAUCUGGAUGGUUACGUGUCCUCUAUCUAUACGCUGUCCGUGUCGGCACUCACUGACACGGGCGCCUCUGUCUUCUACGGGGAGCCUUGUGCCUCGACGCUUGCGGGCGUGUUCGUGGGCGGGGAGCAUACGUUGGAGGAGGCGCUGCAGAAGAGGAGCAGAAAUCAGGAGGAUAUCCAUUUGGUUGUCCCCGAGUUGGACGGCCACUGCAGCAGCUCCUUCCAAGGUUCCUCGGCCGCUGCGCCUCUCAUGGCAGGGGUGGUGGCCCUUGUGCUUCAGGCCAACCCCUCCCUGACCUGGCGCGACGUGCAGCACCUGGUGGUCCGCGCGGCGCGUCCCACUCGAGAAGCAGCUGAGGAGGGCGGCUGGGAGACCAAUGCUCUGGGGAGGCGCUUCCAUCUCAAGCAGGGCUACGGAGCAGUAGACGCAGGCAGACUAGUUGAAAGUGCUCUCACCUGGGAAAAUGCUGGGCCUCAGAAACGCAGUACGAUAAAGAUGUUCGAUGGUUACAGGCCGAUCCCUUCCAAUGACUGGCUCAACGUAACAGGAAAACUCGAGCCAUCGAACGCCAUGACGGAGGUGGAACAUGUGGUGGCCAACAUAACGCUGUCUCAUAAGCAGAGGGGGAUGUUGAGGAUUUACAUCGUUUCACCGUCAGGCACCACGUCACAGGUAUUGACCCACCGCCUGCAAGAUGAAAGCACGUCAGGCUUCACUCACUGGCCCUUCAUGUCAGUUCACUUCUGGGGCGAAAACCCUCAAGGCCUCUGGACUGUGGCGAUCAAGGACGACUCGGGACGCAAAGGAAGUCUGAGAAAAGUGGAUUUCGUGGUCUUUGGCACGUGUUGACAGGGUGUGUGAAGGUGGUGACGUUUUGAUGUCUUGCGAGAAGUCGGUGAUUGCAAUGAGUUAGUUGUGGUCUUUUUUUUAUUAUUAAGUUAUUCGUUUUUUUUUCUGCUUUUUCUCUUUUCUUUUCUUUUCUUCUUUUUUUUCUUUUGCUGCUUCUCUUUUUCUUUUUCUUAUUUUCUUCUUCUUCUUCUU